AUGUGGGCCGUCAAGCCUAUGGGGAUCGCUACUCUGGCGUCCAUCAUCUCGACCCUCGUCAUCUUGGCAGGUCUUGUCCACGCACAAGCGCAAAACCUCACCAUACAAACCCCGACGAACGUCUCGCAAUGCGUUCCGGUCACCGUCGAGUGGACCGGCGGCGUGGCGCCAUACCUUCUCAUAACAUGGCCCAUCCCAAUUACGCCUCUCGACAUCGCGCAAAUACACUUAAACAUCCCCGGCACUUCUUUCAACUGGACGCCGACCUUUGAUACAGAAUCCCGCGCCUUUCUAGUGCUCAAUGACAGCGCGGGCGCCUCUACGACCUCGGACACCUUCAUCAUCGCCGGCAGCGAUGAUACCAGCUGUCUUGCACGCCAAGUUACUACCACCUCGUCUUCGCUCGCGGCUACUUCGACUGCUGAAGAAGGCGAGAGUGCCGAAACUCCUUCCACGGACACCAGCUCGGACGGAUUGAGUGGCGGCGCUAUAGCUGGCAUCGUGAUCGGAGGCCUCGUGGCGGCUGCGCUGUUCUCCUUCCUCGUGAUGCGGUGGCGGAGGAAGCGCGUCCAGGCUUUCCGCAGGCGCCACAGGGCUACGAGGUCUGAGUGGCAGCCUAUGGCCGACAUUCCGCAGAAAGCGGAGUAUGCCUUCAGCGGCGGCGCGGCGCAAGUGGAAAACCAAACGAGUAUGCCUGCCCCGCCAUCUCCCGCGCUGCAGAGACCCAGCGAAGCUGGUGGCCGCAUCGCGCCACGUCGCGUCGCUGUGCCAGAGGAGUCGCCCACUAAUCUGGAGCAUCAGUUUUGACCUAGGAUUGUGGUCAAGCAGAGCGAAGUUCUCAGAUCCCGUAUGGACUUACGUUUCAGACUCCGAAGUGUACAAUGAUUAGUCCAGUUGUCUGUAUUGAGCGUAUCCUAUUCUAGAAC